GUCGCUGCGCCUUCCGCCAGUACAUGCCCAGCAAGCCCGCCCGGUACGGACUCAAGUCGUGGGUGGCCUGCGACGCCGGCUCCAGCUACGCGUGGCACAUGCAGCUCUACACAGGCAAGUCCGGGAGCGCCACGCCCGAGAGGAAUCUGGGCGCCCGUGUGAUGCUUGACCUGACCGAGGGCUUGAGGGGCCCACGUAACCCCGAGCUGCCGGGGGCGUUGCUCGCCACCAAGGGCCGUGCGGUCUUCUCGUCCAAGUUUGCCUUCACGCCCGUCGCCACUCUGGUGUCCUACGUGCCCAAGAGGCACAGGAACGUGGUGCUGCUGAGCACG